AUGCUCGAGGUCCGCUGCUCCGGUUCUCCUCACGAGAUUGGUGAAACACACGGUCGCUUGGCUGCUUCACAGAUUCGCGGUUCUAUCGCCUUCUACACCAAGCUCUUCCAGAAGACAUGUUCCCUCAGCUGGCCGGAGGUGCUCCGUGAGGCCGAGCAAUAUGUAGAGCCCCUGGAGACUCUCACCCCGCGAUUCAUUGAAGAGAUCCGCGGCAUCGCCAGUGGCGCCGGUGUAGAUUUUCUCGAUAUUCUGGCUCUCAAUGUGAGAACCGAGAUCAACUUUGGCUUGUUCACAGGCGACGCCGCAGCCAAGGUCCAAGUCGCGGAUACGCCCAGCGACGGCUGCACGGCACUGUCUUGGCUGACGGACGAGGACACUCAAGGCGGCGAGCAAAAGUCUUGGCUUUGUCAGAACUGGGAUUGGAUGCGUGACCAGGCCGAGAACCUGAUCGUGUGCUACAUCUCGCAGCCGGGCACGGGUAUUCCUGAUAUCGCCAUGGUCACCGAGGCCGGCAUCAUUGGCAAGAUUGGUCUCAACUCUAGUGGUGUCGGUUGCACCCUCAAUGCUAUUAGAUGCCGCGGUGUGGAUAGGUCAAAACUGCCAAUUCACUUUGCGCUGCGUACGGUAUUGGAGUCCAAUUCGCGAGACGAAGCUGUAAAGAAGAUCAAGGCUGUUGGCGCAGCUGGUAGUGGGCACAUAUUGGUAGCAGAUCCGUCCGGGUCCGUUGGCCUAGAAUGCACGAGCAAAUGGAUCAAAGAGCUUCCCAUGUCUUCGGGUGGACAAAUCUGCCACACGAACCAUCUGCUUCUCCCUCAUGAUGAUGUAGAGGAGCCACCGUGGCUGCCGGAUUCCCCAGCCCGGCUAGCACGCAUCCGAGAGUUGGUCGCAAGUACCGAGAAGCCAACUCUGAAUGCGAUUGCGGAAAUGUUCAAGGAUACUGAGGGGUAUCCAUCAUCUAUCAACAGAAAGGAAAUGGGCAGCACGCUCACACAGACAUUAUUCAACAUCAUCAUGGAUCUGGGUAAUAAGAGUGCAAGAGUAACUUUUGGAAGGCCAACGGAAUACCGAGAGAUGACUGUACUGUCUUUCUAA